CGUUAGUAGUAAUGUGAUGGAGUAUAUUUAUAUCACUCCUCACUCAAUAAACUUCACACAUCUUAAGGAAAUGGAAAAGAUUGGUCGUUCCAGGUUACUUUCCUGCACAUUCUUCAUCAUUCUCUUCGGUUUACUGUUUCAAGUAACAGCACACUAUCAUACUUCAAAAACAUUCAUCUUCAGAAUCGAUUCUGAAUCCAAACCCUCCGUUUUCCCCACACACUACCACUGGUACACCUCGCACUUCGUCCACCCAACUCGCCUUCUCCAUCUCUACGACACCGUUUUCCACGGCUUCUCCGCGCUCCUCACCCACCAACAAGUUGCUUCCCUUGCCCAGCAACCCUCCGUGCUAGCUGUUUUCGAGGAUCGCCGCCGCCACCUUCACACCACGCGCUCUCCUCAGUUCCUUGGCCUCAGAAACCGCCGCGGUCUGUGGUCAGAAACUGACUACGGAUCCGACGUCAUCAUCGGAGUCUUCGACACUGGAAUCUGGCCCGAACGCCGGAGCUUCAGCGAUUCCAACCUGGGCCCCAUUCCUAGCCGCUGGAAAGGGGGCUGCGACACUGGUGUAAGAUUCUCUCCUAAUAACUGUAACAGGAAGCUGAUCGGUGCGCGGUUCUUCUCCAAAGGUCAUGAGGCAAGUGGCACGUUGUUUAACGAUACCGUCGAAUUCCUUUCGCCAAGGGACGCUGACGGUCACGGAACCCACACUGCGUCAACCGCCGCGGGCCGGUACGUUUUCGAAGCCAGCAUGGCGGGAUAUGCAUCUGGAGUUGCAAAGGGCGUGGCUCCCAAAGCGAGACUUGCAAUGUACAAGGUGUGUUGGAAGAAUUCUGGUUGCUUUGACUCUGACAUUCUUGCAGCAUUUGACGCUGCCGUAAACGACGGCGUCGACGUCAUUUCCAUGUCCAUCGGCGGUGGCGACGGCAUUUCGUCGCCUUACUAUCUUGACCCGAUUGCGAUAGGGUCCUACGGUGCAGUUUCCAGAGGCGUGUUUGUGUCAUCCUCGGGUGGGAAUGACGGGCCCAGUGGAAUGUCGGUGACCAACCUUGCACCCUGGUUGACCACUGUCGGAGCAGGCACCAUUGAUCGCGAUUUUCCGGCGGAGGUUGUACUGGGAAACGGACGAAGACUCUCCGGUGUGUCUCUCUACUCCGGAGUUCCGUUGAAGGGGAGAAUGUUUCCCUUGAUAUAUCCCGGAAAAUCAGGGGUUCUUACGGAUUCGCUGUGCAUGGAAAACUCGUUAGACCCAGACCUUGUGAAAGGGAAGAUAGUGGUUUGCGACAGAGGAAGUAAUCCGAGAGUUGCGAAGGGAUUGGAGGUGAAGAAAGCAGGAGGAGUGGGAAUGAUUCUCGCGAACGGAAUAUCCAACGGUGAAGGACUUGUUGGAGACGCUCAUCUUCUUCCCGCGUGUGCCGUUGGUGCUAACUUGGGAGAUGAAAUUAAAGCAUACAUUUCAUCCUCGGAGAACCCAAGAGCCACUAUCGAUUUCAAAGGAACUGUGGUGGGAAUCAAACCCGCACCCGUAGUGGCGUCGUUUUCCGCGAGGGGACCCAACGCGUUGAGUUCGGAGAUACUUAAACCCGACUUGACGGCGCCCGGGGUGAACAUUCUGGCGGCGUGGACCGAUGCGGUUGGGCCUUCAGGGCUGGAGUCAGACACGAGAAGAAGUGAGUUCAACAUUUUGUCGGGCACAUCGAUGGCGUGUCCUCACGUGAGUGGGGCAGCAGCGUUGUUGAAAUCAGCGCACCCUGAUUGGAGCCCUGCGGCUAUAAGGUCAGCAAUGAUGACAACCGCUACGGUUCGUGACAACACCAACCGUCAAAUGGUUGAUCAAGCCACAGGGAAUGCCUCCACGCCCUACGAUUUCGGCGCUGGACAUCUCAACCUCGCUCACGCCAUAGACCCUGGGUUGCUUUACGACAUUACCAACGAUGAUUAUGUCAUGUUUUUGUGUGCCAUCGGCUACAGGCCCAGGUUGAUUCAGGUGAUUACCCGAUCGCCGCAUAAAUGUCCACGGAGGAGGCCGUUACCGGAGAAUCUGAACUACCCGUCCUUUGUGGCGGUCCUGCCAGCGUCGUCGUCCUCCAGAGGUUUGUCGUUGCGGAGCAAGACGUUCUUCAGGACGGUGACGAACGUGGGUGAGCCAAAUUCUGUGUAUUGGGUGAGGGUAGAGAUGCAGGCGGAGGGAGUGACGGUGACGGUGAGGCCGUCGAGGCUAGUGUUUUCUGAGGCGGUUAAGAAGCGGAGCUUCGUGGUGACGGUGACGGGAGAUGCAGGGAAUCUAGUGCUGGGCGAGGCCGGAGCGGUCUUCGGGUCGCUUUCGUGGACCGAUGGGAAGCACGUGGUUCGGAGCCCCAUAGUUGUUACUCAAGCUCAACCGCUUUAAAUCUUCCGGAAGUUUCGGUUGCUCCCUUUCAAUUAAUGUGGCACUUAGUCAAAGGUCAAAGGAAUUUCCGCAUCGUCGAAGAACAAAGAUGCUUUAUAGUCAUUAUUUUUCUUUUCAAGGUGUCGAUGCUGUUAUCCUUCAAAAAGUAAAGAAGUCAACAUUAAAUUGAUAAACAGGAUAAAGUUGUUUUUGCCAUCUAGUAGUAAAGUAAACAUAGUUGUAUUUUAUAAUCCUAAGAUGACUUAGGACAAAGAACUUAAUUUAUGAAAUAUAUAAU